UAGCUCGCUUCAUUGGAGGCCCAGCUCUGAACGAGCCGCUGUUCUCCCCUGAACCGACUCCAACAUCUGGCAGUCUGCAGCAGUGAUUCACAGGUCCGCCUCCUCCUCCUCUCUCGGCUCGCUGGAUCAGCACUCUGGACAGCGCACCCCCCUCCUCCGCGUCCACCCCCCUCUCACUGAGUGGACCGGCAGCGUCUGCGGCCAAUGGCGCGCAAGUCGCGGCAGCAGCAGCCAAUCGCUAGCCGCCGUUUCUCCCCCACAUCCAACCCGUGCGACUGCGGACGCCCGCAUCCAGCAGCGGGUCUCCUCCACCUCGUCCCUGCAGCUCCGCACCAGCCAUCUGGAUCAUUGUGUUCCGAUCACCUGAGCAUCGAUCACCUCCGUCGCCUGUGAGCCCUGUCCCUCCACCCUCGGCUCCCCAUGGAAGGAACCUUCCAACCUGCUGCGAGACAUUCCGCAUCUGCUCCGCGUCCGCGGCCGCAUCAACAAGCGGGGGCCUCCUCUUGAGGACCGGAGAACCUGUGGACCGGUGCCGGAGGGGGGGGGGCGGCAUCGGAACCGAACCUCUGGACCCUGUAAGCUCCUUUAUCUCGAAGUUGCAGGAUGGAUUUGGGAGGAAGCGGCGCGUAAGAAGAAGGUUCCUUUAGAAGUGAGACGUCUGGGCUGAUCCUCGAGUCUCCCCCGGUGCUGCUCUUCUUCUCCCCUCAGUCCCUCUGCUGCCCCCUGCUGCCAUCAUGGGAACUGUGCUCUCGCUCUCCCCGAGCUACAGGAAGGCGGCGCUGUUCGAGGACGGCCCGGCCACAGUGGGUCACUACACGGCCGUGCAGAACAGCAAGAACGCCAAGGACGCCGCCGCCACAGCCAAGUCCCUCAAGCGGCCGUCCAUCAUCAAUGUGUUGCCAUGGAAACGCAUCGUGGCCGUGUCGGCCAAGAGGAAGGGCUCCAAGAAGCUGCAGUCCGACGGCGGCGACGGCGGCAAGGGGAGCUCACCAGACGGUCAGGUGGUCACGUCCUCCAGCUCGGCCUCCAACAGCCUGAAGCUGAAGAAGUCCCAGUCGUGCGCGAACCUCUCGUCCUUCUCGUCCAGCCAGGAGGCGGCGUCCACCACCGCCGCCCACCUGCCCGUUUCCAAGACGCUGGUCAACGUUGCCACCGUUGCCGCUAAAAAGAACUCACUCACUGGGAUCCAGCCUGCGACGGUGGCCGGAACCCCCAAACGAGUCAUUGUCCAGGCCUCCACCAGCGAGCUGAUGCGGAGCCUCGGCGAGUUCCUGUGCCGCCGCUGUUACCGACUGAAACGUCUGUCUCCCACCGACCCGGUUCUGUGGCUGCGCAGCGUGGACCGCUCACUGCUGCUGCAGGGCUGGCAGGACCAGGGCUUCAUCACGCCCGCUAACGUGGUCUUCCUCUACAUGCUGUGCCGCGACGUGGUGUCGGCCGAGGUGGCGUCCGAGCGCGAACUGCAGGCCUCGCUUCUCACCUGCCUCUACCUGUCCUACUCCUACAUGGGCAACGAGAUCUCCUACCCGCUCAAGCCCUUCCUGGUGGAGGCGGAGAAGGACGCCUUCUGGGACCGUUGCCUGGAGAUCAUCAACCGCAUGAGCGCCAAGAUGCUGCAGAUCAACACCGACCCGCACUUCUUCACCCAAGUCUUCGCUGACCUGAAGAACGAGAGCAAGAAGGAGGAGGAGAAGACUAAACUUUUCAUCGGCCUGGACCGGUGAAAAGGAAAGGGUGAGGGAGGGGCGGGAGGUCAGGGAACUACGGGGAACGGGUUCAGUCAUUUUAUCUUUUCUUUUAGCAGUGUAGCGUCACAUUGUCGUCCGGCAUCAAGGUCGCUCCUAAAACUCACGACCUCAUGAAACAUAUGUAUCGUAAAUGAGCUAAACUUCCAAAGCGAGCGAGCGCUGAGCCCAGAGUGCGUCCAAGUGUCCGGAGAGUCGACGUUUCCCUGCAAAAAUUCCACUUGCCCCAAGUCACCACUAUCUUAACUGCCGCGUUAGCAAGCGCCUGUACUUGUUUUCCGGUGUGAAGAGAUUUAGCUUCUAUAAACAAUGACAUCACGUUGCAUGAUCACAUGACCUUCCCCUGAUCUCCUGCCAAAAUGAAUGCACUCCUGGAUCAGACUGAUCAUUUAGUCAGAUUAUAAUCUGGUGGGAUGAAUCCGCGCGGAGGAGGAUUUCCUCAUACGCUUCAACCUGGCUGCUGCUCUGGAGAGGAAGCUUCUGCCCGGGCUACAUUGGACGCACCCCUCCACCCACUCUGUCUUCUUCAUCCUGGGCUGGACUCCCUCAUCUGUUCUAGUCGGGUUCUGCUGACUCAGCAAGCGUGACGUGCAUGUGAGCUUCUCGCGGUUUCCCAGCAUGCUUGGUGUUCGGCACAGGAAGAGACUGUGACACUUCGCCGGUGUGAUGUCACUGCGGCAAGAAACACAGACAGGAUCAAGACUGGAACUGACACACUGGAGCUGGUGUGCAUGGCAGCGUUGACAAACCCACACUCAAACACGGCGUUCCUCCACAGACACAGACCUUCACUGAUAAAGACUUGUCUCCUCCAGCUGAUGACGUCACACCCGGCGUCGAACCCGCGCCCCAGUCCGACUUAUCAAACUGCCUUUUUCGCAGGGACUUUGUGCCAAACCAGACCGAUGACUUCAGAAACUAACUGCCGAUCUGAGACAGAACUUCUCGCCACGUCAAGACGGCGACUCCAAGUGAAAAUGCCAAAACCGGAGACGCUGUGAGCGUCGUCACCCGGUCACAUGACUCUGACGCGGAGAUGGAUGCUUCGUUUGGCAAAGCUGCGAACAUGUAGCUGCAGUCAGGAACGUCAUGUAGCACCUGUUUUAAAGCUGCUGGUUAGUUUCACCAACGUAGACACCGUUACUCGUAUUUCACGACAAAUCUAAUGACAGUUUUUAUUGAAAGAAGAAACAGGCAGUUUAUGAAAAUGGACUGAAAAUCGCUGUUUAACAUUCCUGUUAAUGGACUGCUAAUCUGAUUUUAUUCCAAUAUUACACGUGCAAAACACCGCAAUGAAUUAUAUAGUUUAAAUAAUCUAUAGUAAACAUACACUGGAAUACAAUUCAAGAAAUUGCUAAUUUAAUACUUUUGCUUUUAAAAAACAAAUAACAAAUUUCCGAUUUUUAAGUUUUAGCUUAUUAACUUGACUUUUUUUAUUUCAUUUAUUUAUUGUACUUUUUUUUUUUUACAAUUUAGCAAAUAUGUAUUUAAAAUUAAAUCCAUUUAUUAAUUUUGCAGAUCAGUUCUGGCAAAAAAAAUGUAAUCUACCCUUUUUUUCUGUGAUUUCCCAAACUAGAUUCAGUUGCGUAGAUCAGCCUAUUAAGCUCUUUGCGUGAAAUAUUUUUCAGUUUGAAACAUAUCACAGCAUAAGACACAAGUUUCAAUUUGACCUUGUGAAUGACAGCGCCGUCUUGUGACAGGUGUGCAAUAACAAGACCAGUGUUGGUUUGUGAACUCCAAAAGUGAAAUCUCAAGUUUUGUGUCUCCAUUUUCAAUAUUUCAAUUAGAAAAUGUAACCUUGAGCGUGUCAAAAUUAAGCGACUCGCUGCGACUCAGAGUGUAUAUUUUCAUGUGUGUGUGUGUGUGAGAGAGAGAGAGAGAGUGUGUUUGUGUGUGCGUGUGUGACCUGGCAGCGCUCACAAACAGCCGGCGCGAUGUGGAGUAUUUGUCUGUGAGCGCUGGAGAGCCAGAGAUCAAACUUCCACCAGCGGAGGACAAACAGAGCCGGGGAAGGUGCCGCUUCCUCCCCACGACUGAUGUGCCAUAUUUUACCAGGACGGACUGAGAACUGACCAUGAGGGACUCACUUCCUGUUCAUUUGUGAAUCAUUAAUGUGAUAAGACUCUGAGGAGCAGAAGCUGCUGUUUUGUGUGCGACCAAGAAUCAUUGACAGUUACAGGAACUUUAUAUAAAAAUAUCUUUGCAAACCAGCUUCCUCCUCGUCCUUCUUUCUCACUCAAGAGACAUGGUUUAACAUGCUUAACUCACGGCUGUUUCUCAAUGUGACUCUUAUCCCCUGUGAGGUGAUCAACUACAGGCCUGGAGAUGGACGUCUGGGCCUCUUUACUGCAGUGCUGCGCCUGCGACCAGCCAUCAGGGAGGAGACUUUAUCUAAAAUAACGGUCAUUUUCAGUCA